AAAUGUUCGAUACGCGGCAGAAAAAUUAUUUGGACAAAGAAGACUUUAAACGAGUUCAAAAUGGUUCAUUUACAUCAGUUUUUAUUGAAAGACUUUUUGAAACACAUGUUUCUAAUGGUGGUUCAAAAAUGAGUUAUGAAGAAUUUGUUAUCUUUCAAAUAGCUUAUAAUCACCUUGCUCAUCCUUCUGCUUUGGCUUAUUUCUUUAAAAUUCUCGAUGUAAAUUCUGAUGGUUAUUUAGAUAAUUAUGAAUUGCGUUAUUUUUACACUGAACUUCGAUUAGCUUAUAAUGGUUGGUUUAUGGAUGGUGCAAUGCCUGAAUUUGGUGAUUUUACUGAUCAAUUCUAUGAUAUGGUGAAGCCUGCAGUUAAUAGAAGAAUAUCUCUUCAAGAAUUGCUUGCAUGCAAACAAGGACAUGAUUUUAUUCUUUGUUUAAUCAGCCAUACUGAAUUUUACAGAUAUGAAAUGAGAGAAAGUGAAAAUGGAGCUCAAGAUUCAGAAAUGCCGUCAUAUUGUGGAGAAGAUAAUUUGGACGAAGUUGAAUCAGAAGAAGAAAAUUCCGAGAAUGUACAACUUUAAGCAUUUUAUUUUUGAUAUUGAGAAUGAUGUAUAAUUUUGUUUGUAAUUUUUUAAAUUAUUAAAGAUUUUUUUGUUUAUUUCAAAUAAUAAUUUGUGUAUUU